CUGAUCGUGACGAUCGUGACGCCUGUGACAGACGUUAGGUAUUGGUACAAAUUUUGGUUAAUAAGACCAACAUCUUACUUAAUGAAAGAGUAUGGGGAAUUCUGGUCUUAAACAACAUUAUGAAACUGCUAAGAAGACGGGCGUCCUUAAAAUCUCGCAGAAAAAGCUAACUGAAUUUCCAACAAGUCUGAAACAACUUGAACCACUCCUACGUACUCUGGACCUGUCAGAGAACAGGUUCAUUACAUUUCCGAAUGAAAUUGGGUCCUUCAAAAUGCUGAAACACUUAAAUGUUAAUCAGAACAGGUUGAUCUCAUUACCUGAAUCAGUUGGAGAACUUAGUAAGCUAGAGAGCCUGUCUGUGAGUACAAAUAAACUGACAACCCUACCACACACCUUGUCUAACCUAUCAAACUUGAAGCAAGUUUAUGUAAGUGACAAUCAGAUUUCAGAAUUUCCACUUAUGUUUUGUGGACUUAGACAUUUGGACGUGUUGGAUUUAUCAAAAAAUAAAAUAACUGAGGUCCCUGCAGGUGUGUCUCAUAUUCACGUUACAGAAUUAAAUCUAAAUCAAAAUCAAGUGUCAAGUUUGUCUGAAAAUAUUGCAGACUGCCCCCGACUAAAGACUUUGAGGUUAGAAGAAAAUUGCCUUCAGUUGGCUGCUAUUAGUUCAAGAAUAUUGACAGAUUCUAAGAUAUCUGUUCUGGCCCUUGAGGGAAAUCUGUUUGACAUGAAGAGUUUCACUGAAGCAGAGGGCUAUGACAAAUACAUGGAGAGAUAUACAGCAGUUAAGAAAAAGAUGUUUUAAAAGUAAUUAUAGAUGAGGAUUCAACAAUGUCUUUACUAUACAGUAACACAGUUUGUAUGCACCAUAUGAUUCCAUUUUAUGGAUAAUUUCAACUGCAAAAUUUGUGUGAUGGUACUGAAUAUGUUUACAUCACCACCACCACCACUUUAACAUUUAAACAUUUGACUUGUUCAAUAUGUUUGUAUUUUCAUACAUCACUUUAUAUACUGUACUGAGUAUGUAAGCCACAUAUAUCUAUAUGUAUUUUGUUACAACUGCCAUUUGUUUUUUACGGAGUAUGAAUUGCAUCCGUUGACUGAAGAGAUACCCAAAUAAAUUAUGAUUCUUGCCCCACUUCAAGAAUAGGUGUGAUUUGUUGUGGUGAUUUCAGAUGCUUCAAUCAAGAACAUUCUAAAUCAGUGCACUAGCAAGAAAGAUGUGAAGGCUUCAAUUAAGAAUAUGGUCAUAUACCUUUUGAAUUUAAAGUAAUAUGUUAUUGCUGUUUAUAAUAAGCCCUUGAACUAACAUUUCCACAGUAUCAGAAAAGUGUGUAUUUUCACUGAAUUUUCUACAGUAACUGAAUGUUGUUGAGCAGUAUAAAACAAUGUUAGAUAAUUGUUACGCUAUCUGUGUAUAUGAACAUGUAAUAAAAUAUUUUGAGUUUAUGAUUA